CCGUCACCAUCCACGUACAUACAAGUAGCUCUGCUGCAUACUCGCGACAAUGGCAGAACCGCAACCCAACGACGUCCAUGAGGGCGCCGCAGAACCCCACGCACCCACCAGCACAGCCGAAGACCGCAAAGCUGCUGCCGCCCUGUCUGCGCUCGACGCCCAAGACGGCGGCGACAACGGCGCGAAAAAGGAAGUCGAUGGCAAGGCCCUGGACAAAGCAAUGAAGGGACUUAGCGUCAAGGACAAGGCUGCUACAGACGCGGACAAUAAGAAGAAGAACGUGAAGAUUGAUGCCGCCGACGUUACGCUGUUGGUUUCUGAGCUCGAGGUCUCGAAGCCAAAGGCGACUGAGUUGCUCCGUGCGCACGAUGGCAAUGUCGUCAAGGCUAUGCGUGCUUUUGUUACGGCAGCGCCUUGAAUGUACGGCGAUGAGUACAACGGAUAUCUUCACAUGGGGGCCUGUCAUACGAAGAAGCGCAUGGUAGUGGUGGUUGCGGCAGACGCGCCUAUCGACGACGACACCAGCAUGAUUGAGGUUACAGGCGACUUCUCAAAAGGAAGUCCUUUUUCAAAAGAUAAUGUGCAAAUUGGCAUGGGAGGAAAUACUCAGGGGCUAUUGCCUCCAGCCCGCGACUACAACUCUAGCUGGGUAUCAUUUACAUAUACCAAAAUCGCAAGCCCUCCACCUUGUACCAUGCUUUUCUC